CCGGCGCCGGGCGGGACGCGCUGCCGCCCCGAGCCGAGCUGAGCCGAGCCGAAGCGAAAGGAGCCGCGCCGCUCCGCAGCCCCUCCAUGGCCCCGACCCCCAGAGCUCGGCGGCCCGGGGGAAGCGGCCCCGGCGGGAGGCGGCCGCCGGAAGAGCAGCCAAGGCAUCGACGAUGACUGCCGAGAGCACCGAACCCAAUGGCCCCAUGCGGGAGCCGACGGUGGGGGGCACAAAGCCAUCAGCCCCCCCUGCCCCACCGCGGCGCCGAGGCCGAAGGCUACGACGCAAAUCACUGCCGGAGGUGGCGGUGAAGGGACAGCUUCGCAUGCGCUCGCCAUCGGGAGCCUUCGUCAUGGUGGGCAUCUCGGUGGUCUUGGUAGGCAUGACCAUUGCCGUGGUGGGCUACUGGCCCCACCGGGGGCACGGAGGUGCUGGGGCUGGAGCAGGGAAUGCCAGCACGGCGGGGGACAUGAGGAGGGAGGUGGUUGCCGGGCGUCCCACGCCACACAAUGAGAAGCUGAAGCUGAUCGGCCCUGUCAUCAUGGGCAUCGGGCUCUUCAUCUUCAUCUGUGCCAACACCAUGCUCUACGAGAACAGGGACAUGGAGACCCGCAUGCUGAUGCAGAAGGGCCUCUACUGCAUGGCCACGGAUCUCCCCAAGGAGACCUGCCCCAAGGAUGAGGACACCCAACUGGCACCCAAAGCCAGCCCUGAGUGCUUGGAGGGCUGCUAUGAAGUGGACCUGUCCUUGGGCAGCAAGUGGGCCGAUGGCUUUGGCCCCAACAGGCUGCAGACCACAGCUGAGCUCAUGCAGUGCCCAGGGGCAUCCCCAGCAGCCUCCCUCCUCAGCCUCCACUCGGAGGGAAACCUCGGGCUCUCCGCCACCGUCGGGGCCUUGGCGUUGCCCAUCAUCAAGCUCAACAACCGCUUGCUGGAUGCCGCCUCACGGGGGGCCAACGUGAUGACAGAGGGAACCCACCUCCCUGCCGAAGGCCCGCUGCCCCCCUGUGCCCUGCUGUCCCCCAGCGGCAGCAGCAUCGCGCCUCGGGGCCUGGAGAACCACAGCGGCCAUGUUGUCAUCAACAUGGAGGACGGUGGCCCCGCGAUGGAUGUAGGCCCCGAUGCUCAGCCCCACAACCCGGGCCACUCCAAGUCCCUGGACCUGGGCAGGCCGGGGGUGCUGCUGGUGGCUCCCAUCAAGGACCGUAAAAACCGGAGUUGGCCCCGGCUUGAUCACGUCAACGCGGUGGCUUAUGCCAAACUGGAGAACUGGGGAGAGUCCUUGGACCGGCUACUGGAGACCAGCGGGACACCACACCAUGCUGAGCCCCGGCCCAGCUCCUGGGUGGUGGGCACGGAGGGGGGCUCGCGGGUCUGACAGCCCUGGGGUUGAGGGUUUGAAGCAGACUUUCGAUGCUCAGAGGUCCCUGAGCCUGGGGAGGGCUCCUGGGUUGGGAUCUUUGCUCCUCCUCGCCUGCCUCCUCUUCCUCACCACCUUCCCUGGGGAUGCUCUCAGCCUUACAGAGCCCUUCUGCUGGCAGCCUUCCUGGAGGAGCCCCCACUUGUAGACUCACCGUGGACCAUGGCAUGGGGUCGGGGUGAGCAAAGCACAGAUGGGUCCCCUUGCCCAACCCAAAGGGAAAUAUGCUUGAGCAGAGCCUGACAGGGCCAUUAAAUGUUACCUUGAUGCCAUGCAGUGCUCCCUUGUCUCAUACUAGGGGUGGGAGUGUGACAUCCCCACCGCUCUGGGCUCUGGGCAGUGUGGGAACGUGUGUGAGGAAGGUGGACAGGGAGAGCUUUACCUGGAAAAACAUCACCACUUCACUGGAGCCAAUCACCAGCCCUUGCAAACCUCUGUUUUCCCUGAAAUUGCCUCAAACCUGGGUGCAGACCCAUCUCAUCCCUUGUUCCUUGAGCCUCUGUGCUCAGAGGACUCGGUUUCCCAUAGGGAAUGCCAAAGGGGUGAGUGUGGGUGCUGCUGUCCUAAAAGCAGAGGUGUUCAUUGCGCCGGUCCUGUGGGGUUUGUGCCAUAUGGGGUCCAACUGCCUGCACUGGGGCUCAGCUCCUUCACAGCCUCUCUGUGCAGGUAUGGCAGCAGGGAUGCUGUGUGCCCUGCUGCUGUGUACGUGCACAGAGGUGGUGAGCUCAGGGUGAUGCAAAAGGAGCCCAGGGAGCUGCAGAUGUUGGUGCUGCUGCCCAGGCAGCUGCAAAGUUCAAGCAACAAAAAGUUCCUGCAGUGUGAUUGUUUCCGAAGCUGACUUUGGGGUGGAGAUGAUAGUUUUGUUUGGAUGCAAGCAACGGUGGGAUGCAGUGAGGGAGAGGAAGGGGCUGGCUUUGAUUUUAUGGUGCUGCUGGUUGCUCUUGUGUUACGUGGUGCCAUUUGGCUGCAGGAUGGGAGCUGCUGAGGGGCAUCACGUUACUUCCAUGAGGAUAAAAUAGAGAAGGUUGUUUUGCAGCACUGCGGUCCAUGCCUGAUCCUGCUGCUGCUGCAGUGCUCAGCAGGGCCCUCCUCCCCAAAAUUCUUUCCAGCAGCAGCAGCUGGGGACACG